AUGUAUCGACGAAAUACACCAUUAAUUGUAAUAUUAUCGCUUUCAAUGCUUUUUUAUGUUGCUUUCUUAACUACAAAUGUACAAUCCUCGUCGUGUGGUCCUAAAGGUGGUAAUUUAUCAUGUCUUACUGGAUACUGUUGUAGCAAGGAUGGCUUUUGUGUUUGCGGUCAGGAUUGUGAUCCCAAUUAUGGAGUCUGCGGGAAAGUAGUAACAUCUUCAGAUACCACAUCUGUGAUUCCCAGUCCAACGAAAUUAUCAGAAGCAAAUGGACAUAAAAAAAAUUCUCUCGGAAUAUUGUUCUUAGUGGUGUUGGUUGCCGUUGUUCUUUUAUAA